AUGGUAUUUGUAACAUUACUGAGAAAACUUACGGACGUGACAUUGUGGGUUUUGGAUGGGUUUGAGCCAAAAUUUUCAGAAAAAUGGAGGUUAGCUGAUCAUUCUGAUGGUUGUGUUCGCAAAUCUAAGUUGUUGUGUGGGAAUGAAGAUAGUUUUCAGAGUUACUCCAAUCUCAAAUUUCCAGACACUCAAAAUUCAUGGUUUGAUCGAAGUCUGACCCUAGAGGAAUGUGCAGCUAAGUGCUUGAAGAACUGUUCAUGCACAGCAUAUGGAAAUAUUGAUGUAAAAGAAGGUGGAAGUGGAUGCUUAUUGUGGUUCGGUGACCUGCUUGAUAUUAGAGAAUAUCUGGGAAAUGUUCAAGAUCUUUAUGUAAGAAGGGCUGCUGGAGAAUUAGGAAGAAGUACAAUUAGAAGAGCAAAGAAGCCGCUGUGGAUUAUUAUCAUUGCUGUAUUAGUUGUAGUAACAGUAUUCCUAAGCCUGUUUAUAUCAACUGUGUAUAAAAAACGAACUCUGAGAAAAAAAGGAAAAUUUGGAUUUAACGUACAAGGUGAAUCAACACAUAAUAGUGAGAAGAAAGGUCUGGAAUUACCAUUGUUUGACUUGGUAACAAUUGCUGAAGCAACCAACGAUUUCUCGGAAAACAAUAAGCUUGGAGAAGGCGGCUUUGGACCUGUUUACAUGGGAAUUUUGGCGGAAGGAACAGAAAUAGCAGUAAAAAGGCUCUCGAAGACUUCUAAACAAGGACUAGACGAGUUCAAGAAUGAGGUUUUAUGUAUUUCUGAACUUCAACACCAAAAUCUUGUGAGGCUUCUGGGAUGCAGCAUUGACGAAGGAGAGAUGCUACUGAUUUACGAAUACAUGCCCAACAAAAGCCUUGAUUUCCAUAUAUUCAACAAGGAACGAAGCAGAUCUCUGGAUUGGCCAAAGCGCUACAACAUUAUAUAUGGGAUAGCUAAGGGCCUUCUCUAUCUUCACCAAGACUCUAGGAUACGGAUCAUCCAUAGAGAUCUCAAAGCUGGGAAUAUACUACUCGACCAUGAGAUGAAUCCGAAAAUCUCAGACUUUGGCACCACUAAGAGUUUCUGGGGAAGUGAAAGUGAAGCAAAUACAACAAGAGUUGUCGGAACAUUCGGCUACAUGUCUCCAGAGUAUGCACUAGAUGGAAUUUUCUCUUUUAAGUCUGAUGUUUAUAGCUUUGGGGUAUUAGUGCUAGAAAUUAUAAGUGGAAAGAGAAUGAAAGGUUUUUACCAACCGGAUCCCAACCUUAAUCUUCUUGGCCAGGUAACUUGGAGACUCUACAAAGAGGAAAAGUUUCUGGACAUAAUUGAUGAUGUGAUCCUAGCGUGGUGCAAUCACUUCGAUGUGUAUCGCACUAUUCAAAUUGCACUAUUGUGUGUACAACCGUUCCCAGAAGACAGACCAAGCAUGGCUGUGGUGUCUCUCAUGUUAAGUAGUAAAUGUGAGGUACCUGAGCCUAACCAGCCUGGUUUUUCCACAGAGAGUAAACUUCUUGAUUCAGAUUCUUCAUCCUCUUUGAUAUCUGAACAUUUUUGUUCAGAAUUUAGUAUCUGA